UUCUUUCCCCCCAGCUUAUUUUUUUUCUGUCAUUAUAUAAACAACUGAUGGAAGAAACAAAGCAGCCCUCUACUGAAGAUCUCGAACGUCAACGCGAAUUACAAGAAGAAGCUUCUCGACGUUUGUUUGCUUUGUUAGAAGGAGCAGCAAACCAAAAAGCCCAUGUCAAUGCUGUCACUAUUCUUGGCAUCAAAACAACUCGACCUCGCUUUCUUGAAUCAGCAACCAAAGACAUCAUGGAAGCAAAGACCUAUGCCGACGUGAUCAACACUUCACAAAAGAUUGCUCAGAAAUUGCAACAGUUUGAUAUAUUUGAAGAACCUGUUCAGGUCUUGCUUGAUAACGCAUCAGACAGUGAUCCUUUAGCAGCUCCUGAUUCUAUCAAUGUUGUACUUCAAGCUAAAGAAAAAAGCCGUGUGUUUAUCAAGACAGGGACAGAAAUUGGUAAUAAUGAAGGCAACAUGAAUGGAUCUGUCACAGUCAGAAACGUGUUUGGUGGCGCUGAAUUAUUAGAGACAGUCGCUUCAUUCGGCACAAGAAACAGUUCUGCAUUCCAGUUUACAUUCUCAAAACCUGUGAAAGCUUCUCCUGACUCUCGACUUGAAGCCAAUGCUCAUAGAGUACUUUGUAACAACACAUUGGCUUCUUCUUAUGAAGAAUUAGCAAGAGGUGUAGGACUUCGUUACAAGACAGUGUCUCGCUUUGGUUAUCAUGAAUUAGGCUAUGAUUUGACAUGGCGUUCAAUUGAUAGAGUUUCUCCUCAUGCAUCCUUAAGCAUUCGAAAAGAAGUAGGUGAAUCAUUAAAGUCUUCCAUCCUACAUACUUUUGUUCGAGAACGCCGUGAUGACAUGUUACUUCCUAGCCGUGGUCAUUACCUUCGUCUUGCCAAUGAACUCUCAGGCGUUCUCGGUAUCGGCAAUGCUCACUUUUUCAAAACAGAACUUGAGUCGCAAUACUGCCACCAAUUUGGCGGUGGAAGUCUUUUGGUAGACAAAGAGACAGAUGCGUUGUUAGGUGUGCAUCCAGGAUAUGUGUUGAGCACCACAUUUAGAGCCGGCUGGCUGGCCAAUUGGCAAGAGAAAGGGUCUACUGUCUCUGAUCGGUUUAUGCUGGGUGGGCCCUUAUCGGUGCGUGGGUUCCGUACUGCAGGUAUCGGUCCUCGUGACUAUAAAGAUGCUUUGGGUGGUCACAUGUACUGGGCUGCUGGCCUCAGUGCCAUUGCUCCUCUACCCAAGUUGGAAUCCAAGCCCUUGAGAGCUCAUGCAUUUCUGAAUGCAGGUACAAACGUGCCUUGGGCCAUGGGAACAUCCUUAGAGGCUACUCGACAUAUCCUAACACAAUCACCCAGUGUCUCUGCUGGUCUUGGUCUUAUUUAUCGUCAUAGUAUUGCUCGUAUUGAAUUGAACUAUUGUGUACCACUCACGGCUGCCAAAGGAGAUCAAAUCAAACGCGGCUUACAGCUGGGUAUUGGUAUCCACUUUUUAUAAAUAUAUUGUUUAUUCCAUAUAUACAAAUCAUCUUCUUUUGCCAAACAGUAAUUGAAGGUCGUCUAACUUUCUAUUCUUGGCUUCAUCUCUAGACAUGUAAAGUUCAUUCACAAGGACAUGCUUUCUAUCUUGAAUAUCUAAAAUACGCUCUUCUACAGAAUUUGUCAUGAUGAACCGAGUCACUAUCACUUCUUUCAAUUGACCUAGUCGAUGUACUCGGUCAAUGGCUUGUGAUUCAAUAGCGAAAUUCCACCAAGGAUCCAUCAU